UUUUUUUUUUGUCUGGUUCAUCAGUUACCACGCUUUUGUAUACAUCCUUAUAGUACCUAUGAAGAAAGCAAUAUCGAAAAGAGAUCACCACGACUUCAUUUACUCCAACAACAGGGACGAUGAAAAUAAUACUUCACAGCAUAUAUCUCCCUCAUCUUCACCAUUACUAUCGGAUUUAACCAUCUCAACAAAACGACCUUCAAAUAACAAUGCCAAAUCUUCUCGUUUAUUAGGUUAUGAUAUAUCUCCUCAACGAUCAGGCUCCUCAGCAGCAAGAAAAGCACGAAAAGCACAUCGCUCCCAUUUUAAUCACCAUUAUGACCAUAGAUCACCAAGUCCAACUUCACCUAUACCAAUACUUGGUAGAAAUUAUGUUACUUCUUCAAGUAACAAACUUUGGCACCAAGGCAACAAAGAUAUUAUUAGCCAACUUCCAUUCGAGCUCAUAUGUCAGAUUCUCACUGAAUUGGAUGUGAUAUCAUUACUCAUAUUAGGGCAAGUCAAUCGAAGGUGGCGGGCGAUUAGUACAAUAGGCGAUGAAUGGCAUCGAAGAAUGCAACAACAUGGAUGGACACUUCAUCUUCCUAAACAUUGGCGACAAUAUAUCACAUCUUCAGAUCAAAUAGAUUGGCGAUAUUGGUUUUUACAAAGGUAUCGACUGGCCGAACGAUGGCGAUUAGGUCAAGUGACGGCGCACUACCUCUUGGGUCAUACGGAUAGUGUUUACUGUGUCCAAUUUGAUGAUCGAAAAAUCAUAUCUGGAAGUCGUGAUCACUCUAUCAAGAUCUGGGAUGCCGAAUCUUAUCAAUGUGUGCGGACUUUGAUAGGCCAUGAAGGAAGUGUACUUUGUCUACAAUACAAUCAAGAUUAUUUGGUCUCUGGUUCUUCAGAUUUUACCGUCAUUGUUUGGUGUAUGCGUACUUUAAGGCAAUUGAUGCGAAUUAGGGGUCAUACCGCCAAAAUUUCGGAUGUUUGUUUCAAUGAUGAGUAUAUUGUUAGUGGAUCCAAGGAUACUACGAUACGAAUAUCAAAUUUGAAAACAGGGGAACUUAUUCGUGUUAUUCAUGCUCAUACUGGACCUGUCAAUUCUGUCAAACUUUACAAAAACAAGAUCGUCUCUGCCUCUCGGGAAACGGUGAUUAAGAUGUGGGAUAUCGAAACUGGUGAAUGCUUACGUCAAUUCUUGGGCCAUACAUAUGGUCUGGCUUGUAUACAGUACGAUGGUCAAAUUAUUGUUAGUGGAUCGAAUGAUCAAACCAUUAAGAUAUGGAAUGCAGAGACUGGAGAAUGCUUGAUCACAUGCGAAGGUCAUACUGGUUUGGUACGAGCAUUGACAUUUGCAAAUGACCGAAUUGUUAGUGCAGGAUAUGAUCAAAGUAUUCGUGUAUGGGAUAUGAAAUCAGGUGCUUGUUUAUUGAACUUUCAAAGUGGACAUUCAAGCUGGGUCUUUGAUGUUCGAUUUAAUGACAAACGGAUCAUUAGUGCUAGUCAAGAUCGAAGAAUACUUGUGAUGGACUUUGCUCAAGGUUUGGAUACUCGAUUUAUCUGUCAAUGAAAUCAACUUUUCCCUUUUUAUUAUUGUUAUUGUGAUGAUGAUAAUGAUUUUGUUAUUACUAUUUUUAUUAUUAUUAAUAUUAUUAUUAUUACUGUUAGUUGUUACUAUUAGUUGUACUCCA